AUGCAACAACUACAAGAGAAAAAAUCCAACAGCCACUUUACUGCAAGACGUGAGGAGACAUUGUUGCAGUACAUAAUGUUUGAGCAUUCAGAGUAUCAGCCUUGGGGUCAAAGAGAGGCCACAUGGGAAAGGGUCACAGCAGCAGUGAACUGGAUCGAUUCAAGUGAAGGGGAUAUAUCUGCCAUCACUGCCUGGAGGCAAUACAAGUCGCUGAUGGCAAGCUAUAAAAGACAUCAGGCCCAUAAUCAGUUCCAGAGCAAGAUCUACGAGCCAUACUCUGAGACUGACAGACUCCUUUGCAUGCUUGUAGAUAUGGAAAAGGAUUUGAAGCUGCAGUCUGAGCAGAGAGAUGCAGCAAAGGUGGCCGAAACGCAGGAGAAGGCUGAGAAGGAGCAGCUGAUCCAGGACAGGGCCACAAAUGCGAUCCACCCGCCUUCUACUUCCACUUCUGCUCCCAGAAUGGAGAAGGUGUCAAUGAGUGAUGCAUCCACAAUGAUGCAGAUGCUGAAAGAAGAAGUGGAGACUGUUCUGGAUCCGGUAAUGGAUCAGAAGAUCCUUUCUCGACUUGAUGAGAUUGACAUGAAGGUGGAUCAUGUAAUUGAUCUACUUUCGAGUAUACAUCUUGGCAAUGGAAAUUCUGAGGUUUUCACUCUGGAGAUUACACCAACUGGUCUUCCUUUGGAACCACAGUCAGAUAUGAUACUGUAG